AUGGAGUACUUUUCCGGUGAUUGUGCUGAGCUCUCGUCGGCCGACAACGUGAAUUUCAACUAUUUCAACGCUAGCGGCGCUCUUUUCACAGUGGACGAUUUGCUGGAUUUCUCCAAGGAAGACGAGACGAUUGCCGACGCGUUUCCCGACGGCCUGGCGGGGAAUCCCGGCGACUCCUCCACCGUCACCGCUGUUGAUAGCUGCAAUUCGUCGGUUUCCGGCGGCGGCAGCAGCAGCCCCAGCUGCCGCAGCUUUAACGAGACGCAAUUUCCCGGCGACGAGCUGUGUAUUCCGUAUGAUGAUUUAGCCGAGCUGGAAUGGCUUUCGAAUUUUGUGGAAGAAUCUUUCUCCGCCGGAGGCGGCACAACCGUCACCACCGACUCCUCCUCCUCCUCAUCCUCCUCCACCAUCACCACGCACUUACCGCCGCCGCAGUUCUUUCCGGCCGACGCCUCGGUCCCCGGCAGAGCCCGCAGCAAGCGCUCACGCGCCGCCCCCUGCGACUGGUCCUCCCGCCUCUUCGUCCUCUCCCCCAAGGCGGCGCCGGCGAGGAGGAGAGAGCCGGCGGAGGCCCCCGGUCGGAGAUGCCUCCACUGCGAUUCAGAAAAGACCCCACAGUGGAGAACGGGCCCGAUGGGCCCGAAAACUCUCUGCAACGCGUGCGGUGUCCGGUACAAGUCGGGCCGGCUCGUGCCCGAGUACCGGCCCGCGGCCAGCCCGACUUUUGUUUCCAGCAAGCAUUCGAAUUCGCACCGGAAAGUGAUGGAGCUAAGGAGACUGAAGGAGGUCCAAAUCCGGAGAGCGCAUCACCAGCCGUUGAUCGGCGAUCAUCUGAUGUUCAACGGCUGUGAUGAGUUCCUAAUUCAUCAACAUAGUAACAUCAACGGUCUGGAUUUUAGGCACAUGAUUUAG